UGUUAAGGAAAUUCUUACACAACAAAAACUCAAGUUCCUUAUACCUUCUUCUCAGAAAGUCAUUAUUCAUCUGCUAGCUAGCUAGAGGCUAGAACCCUUCAAACAAUUCAAUAAAUAGUUAACACCAGCAUCAAACUUAUUAGUCCCUCAUCUUCUUGCUUCACCACUUUCCGUAUCCCUCAGCUUCACGACAACAAUGGAUUUCACUUACCCUUCACUUCUCUCCAUUUUCCUUCUCCUACUACUUCCUUCUCUGAUCUCAUCACAAAUCUGCCAGAAAAACUGUGGCAAAGAAACUGUCAAGUACCCUUUUGGCAGUGGUCCUGGUUGUGGAGACCCUCGUUUCCAACCACAUGUGACAUGUAGCAACCAAAAGCUCACAUUCACCACUCACACAGGCUCCUACCCUGUUACCUCAAUUGACUACACCAACCAAGUCAUAUACAUCUCAGAUCCCACCAUGUCAACAUGCUCUUGCACUGUCCCUAGCAAAGGCUUUGGCCUUAACUGGGAUGCACCAUUUACCUUUGCUGAUAGCACCAUCUUUGCUCUAGUAGAUUGCUCAAUGAACUCAUCAUCCAUAUGCCAAUCAAAUGGCUAUGAUGAUGGGAGCAAUUCUAAGCUUUUAUGUGAUCAAGGGACACCAAUUUGUAGUCUUCUAUAUUCAUGCAGACCUAUUAGCACCAUCAACCUUCCAAUCUCAACGUGCUGCGUUUACACGCCGGUUAAUCUCGGUCCGGCUUUUGAGAUGGAUCUGCAGAAGCUGCAAUGCCCUUCUUACACGGGGUUCUACAACUUCAAUGAUCAACAAACGGAUCCUGAAAAGUGGAACUAUGGAAUAGCACUCAAAUACAAGUUCAGUGUCACAAAUGACUAUCCUGGCUCGUGUGAUGCGUGUGAAAGGAGCCAUGGUGUGUGUGGGUAUGGUGGAGCCUAUAACUCGUUUGUCUGCAAUUGUCCUAAUGGGAUUAACACUACAACAGAUUGUUUCUUCAUAUCAUCUUAUAACAAGGGUUUUAGAAAUGGGGUUGCUUGGUUGAUCUAUCCUGUAGCAUGGUUUCUUGUUUGGUUUUUCUUGUAAGUUAUCUUGGAUGGUACUUCUACAAUCUAGCUCGUGACCCAGCAAGUAACAAAUCAAAAUAUUUCUGAAGGUUGUGACAAGUUUUAUUGUUGGGAACUUUCGUGGUUUGGGGGGAAAUUAUGUCUGACUUUCAUGGUUUGGGGGCAAAUUAUGUAUGACUUUCUCGGGUUAAAGAAUUUGGCCUUUAAUUAAUGGUGUCCUACUGUGGCAGAUGUGUGCACAUGCAACCUGUAAUGUGAAUCUCCUCUCAGUUCAUUUAUGUUCAGAAUUCAGUGAAUGCCAAUUUUAUUUUUUUAUGGAAUUUAUAAUAGAUUGCUUGCAUGUCAAUUACCAUAGUUCAA